UUUUUUACUUCUUAGUUCUCAGACGUUAGUCGGUUGGUUUUCUUUUUACUUGUUGUUAGUUUAGUUUCUUUAUGGACGAAAAUCACUCUCAGUUUACUCUCUUAGUUUUCAUUUCAGGCGGCUUUGUUUUCUUGUCCUGAGUUUUAUUUUUUGGACGGUGGCUUCAUUUUAUUUUAUCCUGCUUGCUUUCAUUUUCAUUUCUAGGGAGAGCUUUUAUGGGUUUGUCGAAUGGUUGGUAGGGUUAUGGGUUGAAUGGGCAGAAUGGUUUGCGGAAUGGUUUGAAGAUGAAUCAGCUGAGCUUUCUAGGGGAUCUUCCAUGGGUGGGUGCUCUCAGGCUGCUGAUACCAUGUAACAGAAUGAAGGAAAAGGACGAGAGUGCUCAGAGAGCAUGAGGCAUGGAAUUCUGGAAAAGUGCUAUGUUAUUCUUGUGUGUACUGUGCACGAUACAAGCAGCUGCUAUAGGUGGAUGACGACCUGCAGCUUCAUUAUGUAAUAGCUGGGGACAACGGGUGUUUGUCAAAACAUUCUCUUUUUCUUGAGAGGACGUUUGUGGAGCUGUGAACCUCUUCACAGCCUAGGUGAUAUCUUUACCUCUCAUUUUACUUUUAUCUUGUUUUGUGCUGAACUUACAUGUUUGGUUGGGCUAGAGAUAGCACAUAUAGACUUGCUAGGACUGAAUCAUCAACCUCAUCAUCGAGUGCAUAAUCUGUUUCUCUUAAUUCAACAUUUGAAUCAUCAUUUGACACUUAUAGUAACAUGGUUGAAGAAGAAGGGCACAAUGAUAGGGAAAUGGUAAAUCCCAAUAGGACACUUAGAGAAUAUUUGCAUCCUGUUAGGACCACCACUCCAUCAUGCAUCAUUACACCUUUAAAUGCUCAUAAUUUCAAUUUUCAAUCUGGAAUGAUACCAUUAUUGCCUCAUUUUCAUAGGAUGGAUUUUGAAAAUCCCUACUUGCACCUCAAGGAGUUUGAGGAAGUAUGCUCCACAUUUUUGGAUCAAAAUUGUACUGAGGAGAUUGUUAGAUUGAAGUUGUUUCAUUUUUCUCUUAAGGACAAAGCAAAAACAUGGUUGAAUGCAUUGAGGCCAAGAUCCAUUGGAACAUGGCAAGAAAUGCAAGCUGAAUUUCUGAAAAAGUUUUUCCCAAUGCAUCGCACCAAUGCUUUAAAGAGACAAAUCAUGAAUUUUUCUCAAAAAGAAAAUGAAACUUUUUAUCAAAGUUGGGAAAGAUUCAAAGAUCUCUUAAAUGCUUGUCCACACCAUGGUUACGAGAAUUGGCACAUCAUUAGUUUUUUUUUAUGAAGCUUUGGUACCUAAGAUGCGACAAUUUGUCGAAACCAUGUGUAAUGGAGAAUUCUUUAAUAAGGAAUCGGAAGAAGCAUUUGCAUAUUUUGAUUACUUGGCUAAAAACGCUCAAUCAUGGGACACUUCUUGUGUAUAUGAUAGAGCUGAACCAUUGAGGACCGUGAGUGGGGGGGGGGUUAAAUAUGUUUUAAAUGAGGAGGAUGAUUUGAAAGCCAAAUUUGCAUUAUUGUCAAAAAAAUUGGAGGCGAUUGAGUUGAAGAAAGUGCAUGAAAUUCAGGGCAUUCCAAAACAAGAAAAAUGUACCAUUUGUGAGGAUAUUAGCCAUGUAACAUCUGAAUGUCCUACUAUUCCAGCUUUUAAAAAAGUUUUGUGUGAUGCUUCUCAUCCUGUUAACAUGAUUUCUAAGCCUUUUCCUGCACCAUAUUCUAACACUUAUAAUACAGUUUGGAGAAAUCAUCCAAAUUUUAGCUGGAAGAAUGAACAACCUGGGCCAUCUACACAAGGACAAAGUCAGUAUACCCCAUAUGGAGCAGCUGGCCAAGGCUCGGGACCAUCUUAUUUUGCAAAUCAGCUCCCUCCAAUGCAGAAAAAGGGAGUGGAAGAUUCCAUUCAGCAGCUAACUGCUACCCUACAACAGUUUAUGCAAAGUCAGGCCAUAGUCAACAGCCAGAAUGCUCAAGCCAUCAAUGACAUCAGAGGGACCCUUACUAUAGUAACCAUUACUCUAAGUAACCAAGAGAAAGGAAAAUUUCCCGCUCAAACCCAACCCAAUCCACAAGUGCAAAGUCAAUCAUCUCAGAAUAAUGUUGAAGGGGCCAAUGUGAAAUUAGUGAAAGUUAUUACAACUUUGAGGAAUGGUAAGGUCGUGGAUAUCCCUGUCCAUAGUGCAAGGAAGUCAGGUAAAGAAGCUAACCCUCCUCUAGAUAGUGGUGAGCCAAGCACUUCAGAUUCAAAUAAUGAUGCAUGUCUCAUUCCUGCACCUUUUCCACAUCAUUUGCUUUCCUUGCAUAAAGAAAAACAGCAUGCUGAAAUCUUAGAAAUUUUUAAGCAGGUUAGGAUUAACAUUCCACUUCUUGAUGCUAUUAAACAAAUUCCUGCUUAUGCUAAAUUUCUGAAAGACUUAUGCACUGUGAAACGCAAACUAAAUAUGCAAAAAAAGGCUUUUCUCACUGAGCAAGUUAGUGCCAUUAUUCAAAACCAUACACCACCUAAGUACAAGGAUCCUGGUUCACCUACCAUUUCAUGUGUCAUUGGAAAUUCUAAGAUUGGUAAGGCCUUGCUAGACUUAGGUUCGGGGGUUAAUUUGCUACCUUAUAGUGUGUAUGAACAAUUGGGGUUAGGGGAAUUAAAAGCCAAAAUUCCAAAGGGUAUUGUUGAGGACGUCUUGGUCCAAGUAGAUAAAUUUUAUUACCCUGUGGAUUUUGUGGUAUUGGAUAUGAAGUUGUCAUCCCACUCAAACUCUUCACCACCUGUGAUUUUAGGAAGACCAUUCCUAGCAACUUCUAAUGCUAUAAUUAAUUGUAGGAGUGGUGUUUUAAAAUUGAGUUUCGGAAAUAUGACUUUAGAACUAAAUAUCUUUAAUUUGUGCAGGCAACCUCAAUAACUUGAAGACAUUGAAGAAGUCAAUGCAUUGGAAUCCUUACUUGCUGAAAAUUCUUUGUUAAAUUACAAUUGUGAUGAACUUUGGGAGGAUUUAGAAGACUCCCUUGAUUUAAUUGAUUCUACUAAUCAAUUUUCUUCUCUUUGUGCUGCAGGAGAUUCAAAUGAGAUGCAGUGGAAGCUCAAAUUUGAGCCACUACUAGCACUACAAGCCUCAGCACAACCCUCCAAUGAGAAGACCCCAAUGUUGGAAUUAAAGUCGUUGCCCUCGAAGCUGAAAUACGCCUACCUCGGAUCAGAAAAGUCAUUUUUAGUGGUGAUUUCUGCACUUUUAACUCUUGACCAAGAAAGUAAGUUGUUGGAAAUUUUGGCACAACACAAAUCAGCCACUGGCUGGUCCAUUGUUGACAUCAAAGGUAUAAGCCCUUUUAUCUGCACAAAGGUAUAAGCCCUUUUGGAAGAGGACUCAAAACCCUCUAGAGAGAUGCAAAGAAGACUAAACCCCACAAUGAAAGAAGUGGUAAAAGAGGAAGUUUUGAAAUUGUUAGACAUAUGCAUCAUUUAUCCCAUUGCUGAUAGCAAAUGGGUUAACCCAAUCUAAGUUGUUCCAAAAAAAUCUAGUAUAACUGUGGUGGAAAAUGACAAGGGAGAAUUGGUGCCUGCUAGGGAGACCACAGGUUGGAGGAUGUGUGUAGACUAUAGAAAAUUAAAUACUGCCUCUAGAAAGGAUCAUUUUCCCUUACCUUUCCUUGACCAGAUUUUAGAAAAAGUGGCGGGGCAUGAAUAUUAUUGUUUUUUAGAUGGCUUCUCUGGCUAUUAUCAAAUAGAAAUAGCCCCUGAGGAUCAAGAGAAGACUACCUUCACUUGUCCUUUUGGGACUUUUACCUUCAAGAGAAUGCCAUUUGGGCUAUGCAAUGCCCCAGACACUUUUCAAAGAUGCAUGUUGAGCAUUUUCAGCGACUUGUUAAUUGAGGACAUUGUAGAGGUUUUCAUGGAUGAUUUUUCAGUUUUUGGGAAAAAAAUUUGAUGAAUGUUUGUCUAAUUUACAAGUUGUUUUGAAAAGAUGUGAAGAAAAACAAUUGAUAUUAAAUUGGGAAAAAUGCCAUUUCAUGGUAAGACAAGGGAUAGUUUUGGGGCAUAUUGUAUCUCCUCGGGGCAUAGAGGUCGAUAAAGUUAAGAUAGACUUGAUUUCAAAUUUGCCUGCGCCUAAAAAUGUGAAAGGUGUUAGAUCUUUUUUAGGGCAUGCCGGUUUUUAUAGAAGGUUCAUAAAGAAUUUUAGCUUUAUCUCUAAACCUCUUUGUCAACUUUUAAUGCAUGAUGUCAAGUUUGAAUGGACUAAAGAGUGUCAAAAUUGCUUGGAUCAGUUGAAAACAUUUCUCACCAUGGCACCUAUCCUUCGGCCCCCUGAUUGGUCACUUCCUUUUGAAUUAAUGUGUGAUGUAAGUGACUUUGCUGUGGGGGCUGCACUUGGACAGUGAAGAGAUAAGCUGCCAUAUGUCAUAUAUUAUGCUAGUAAGACUUUGAAUGCUGCCCAAAAGAAUUAUUCCACCACAGAAAAAGAAUUACUAGCUAUAGUCUUUGUAUUGGAUAAGUUUAGAUCAUAUCUCCUUGGUUCAUCUGUCAUAAUAUUCACUGAUCAUGCAGUUUUGAAAUUUUUAUUGUCAAAAAAAGACACCAAGCCGAGAUUGGUAAGGUGGAUACUCCUAUUGCAAGAAUUUGAUCUCACAAUAAAAGACAAGAAAGGAGUGGAAAAUGUGGUGGCGGAUCAUCUUUCUCGCCUUACACCUAAAGUUUAUGAGGAGUUUCCUUUAAUUUCUGAUUCUUUUCCUGAUGAACAAUUAUUUUCAGUUGAGACUUUACCAUGGUAUGCUGACCUUGUAAAUUUCUUGGUUACAGGAAAGACUCCACCUCAUUGGAAUGCUCAAGACAUCAAAAGGUUGAAGGCUGAAGCUAAGUAUUUCUUUUACGAUGAUCCCUACCUUUCCAAAUAUUGCUCAGAUCAAAUCAUUAGGAAGUGUGUGCUCAAUAAUGAAAUUUCUGGUGUUUUAAAUUUUUGUCAUACGGAAGCUUGUGGUGGGCAUUUUUCAGCUCAUAAAACAGUGGCCAAAAUUC